UGAUAAUAAAAACAAUCUAUUCAAUAUACAUUUAUCAACAUCAUCAACAUCAUCACUGUCAACAUCACCAUCACCAUCAUCAACAUCAACAUCAACAUUAAUUGAAGUGUAAUACACAUUACACAUAUUAGAAUAACUAUUAACUAAAAGUUAAUCAAAGUAUAUUAGUCUACUUAUAUUUAUAGAAAACGAGUAGUAUCAUCUAUCAAUAAAUAAAUAAUUUGUUUAUUUAUUAUUAAAGUCCAUUAUUAUUAUUAUUAUUAUUAUUAUUAUUACUAUUUACAAUAAUUAUUUUAAUCAUUCAAAUGAAUACAUCAUCAAAAUCCGAUAAUUUUCUUGCACAAUUUAAAGAUAUUAAUUCAAAUUCAUUAAAAUAUUUUACUGCUGCACAAUUUGUUGAAGUAUGGAAUCAUUAUGAUACUGAUGGCAAUGGUUAUAUUGAAGGUUCGGAAUUGGACAAUUUUCUACGUGAAUUCAUCUAUAGUGUAUUUUCUGAAGAAUUAGGAAAUGAGACAAUACCUAGCGAUGAGUUGGAAUUGAUGAAAAAAGAAUUUAUGGAGGCAUUCGAUGAAAAUUCUGACAAUCGAAUUGAGCUUACUGAAAUGGCUAAAAUUUUACCAACUGAAGAAAAUUUUAUUCUGUUGUUUCAUCGGGAUAAUCCAUUGGAUUCAAGUGUUGAAUUUAUGAGAGUGUGGAAACGUUUUGAUAAAGAUAGAAGUGGAUAUAUUGAAGCUGACGAAUUGAAAUCAUUUCUUCUACACUUAUUGAAAGAAGCAAAACCGGAAACUAAUAUUGAAGAAGGAAAAUUAAUUGAGUAUACUUCAUCCAUCCUCCAGUUAUUCGAUCAAAAUAAAGAUGGUAAACUUCAACUCAGUGAAAUGGCAAGACUACUUCCUGUUAAAGAGAAUUAUUUAUGCAGACCAAUUUUCAAGAAUGCUUCGAAAAUUACAUCAGCUGAUAUUGAUCGAGCAUUUUCACUUUAUGAUCUUGAUGCAAAUGGUACAAUAGAAGAUGAAGAAUUAUCAGGAUUCCUUAAAGAUUUAUUGGAAUUAGCUCAAGAAGAUUAUGAUGAAGCUGAUUUGGAAUUCUUUAAAAAAGUCAUAUUAAAUCAAUGGGAUGUAAAUAAUGAUGGGAAAAUUAAUCGUGAUGAAUUAAAAAUGAUGCUUAUGCAACAAUCUCGUCUGUUAGGUGAUAGAUUAUGAAAAUUUAUCUAAUUAUUUAUUCCUUAUUAUUAUUAUUAUUAUUAUUAU